AUGGCCGACAGCAACGUCAAAGAGCCGACGCCCGCCGAAGAGGCUGCCGCCCGCGCCAAGGAGGCCGGGGAGCAGGCCGCGCUGCCCUACAAAUGGAGUCAGACCAUCGGCGACCUCGACCUCUCCUUUACCGUCCCCGGAAACCUCAAGUCGCGCGAUCUCGUCGUCGACCUCAAGAAGCAGAGCAUCGCGGCGGGCGUCAAGGGCCAGGACCCGGUCAUCAAGGGCGACCUCCCCCACACCAUCCACGUCGACGAAUCCACAUGGACCCUCUCCACCAACACCGACGGCACCAAGACGGUCGAGAUUCACCUGGACAAGAUCAACAAGAUGGAGUGGUGGGCCCACGUUGUCACCAGCGCCCCCAGCAUCGACGUUUCCAAGAUCCAGCCCGAGUCGUCCAAACUUUCCGACCUCGACGGCGAGACCAGGGGCAUGGUCGAGAAGAUGAUGUACGACCAGCGCCAGAAGGAGGCCGGCCAGCCCACCUCGGACGAGCAGAAGAAGAUGGAUAUUCUCAAAAAGUUCCAGGAGCAGCACCCGGAAAUGGACUUUAGCAAGGCAAAGGUCAGCUGA